AUGUCUGGCCGGCGGACCUCUCGCUCAGAGGGCCAGCAGCACCCCGCGCCGCCUGGAUCCGACAAGUCUCACCCCACCUCACGUUUACGAACACAAUUCGGUUCUGAGCCUGUUGACCAUAGCCAACCUGGCCAGGCAUCCCUCCAGUCGCCCAGCCUCACGGGUACUUUUCGUGUGCCAGCGUCGCCCUCGUCCGAAACCGCGGCAAAAGGCGCAAAAGUUGCCAUUCCACGACUCAAGCGAAACGCAGAUGCACAGGGCGAGGGCGCUUCAAGAUCAGGAGGCCGACACCGUGUCAACCAUGCUUGCGAACCCUGUCGUCAUAGGAAGACAAAGUGCAGCGGCGAGCGCCCAACAUGCCGGCAUUGCCAGGAUUUCAAAAUCAACUGCUACUAUGCCGAUGGAAAGAGAGACCGUGUGAAGAAGCAAUUUGGAAGCAUGACCGAAAAGGUCACCGACUAUGAGAAGCUACUGAGAGACUUGCAAACCCGCGCGAGCGAAUCCGAUGCCCAAUUGAUAAAAAGCGCUCUAGACAAAGAGACUGCUUACGAUCUCGAUGAAGUCAGUGCUGAAAAUGCCACUGUCCCCUCGGUCGAGUUCGUGCCCGAAGAGGAGGAAGCUGGCGCCGAGUCUGAUGCUUCAGCCGGCGCUGGCUCGACGGGGGCACUUGACCGUACAGAUGAGGACUUCACUCGCGAAGGCGCUCGCGAUACUGGUUUUAUGGGCAAGAACAGUGAGGUCACGUGGUUACAGCGCUUGAAGCACCAAAAUAUACAUGGCGAUCACAAUGACAGUGAUCAAAACGAGGGGAUGCGAUAUCCCCCAGGCAGCUCCGACGAGAUUGGUGUCAGCAACAUGGAUUUCCAAGUCAGUGACACCUCUUACCAUCUCGAUGAUUUCACCGUUAGCACCUUCGAGCACGUUGGCCCCUACGAAUACCCUCCACGAGAGAUUGCACAACAGCUAUUCAACGCCUACAUGACCCGAGUGCAUCCAACCUUUCCCAUCGUCGGCAAAGUCAACCUAACAACUCAAUUUAAUAAGUUCGUCUCCGGCAACGUGCAACGGCCCCCUGAGAAAUGGCUCGCCAUUAUCAAUCUAAUUUUUGCCAUCGGUGCAAAAUACGCACAUCUCAUCCACGCCGAUUGGAGGGGAGACGACCGCGAUCACCUCAUUUAUUUCACGAGAGCUCGGAUGCUGGCAGUAGGACCCGAUGCACUGUUCCAACAUCCUGACCUGCAAGCUAUUCAAAUCAUGGGCUUGAUCUCCCUCUACUUCAUGUCCAUUAGCCAGAUCAAUCGCGCCUGGAAUACAAUCGGUGUUGCGAUACGUUGGAGUACGGCUUUGGGACUCAAUAUGCGCAACGACAGCCCAGAGCUGAAGGAUUCACUCAAGGAGAUCCGCUAUCGUGUGUGGUGGGCAAUGUACUCGCUCGAGCACCGUUUAUGCUGUAUGACCGGCCGAGUCAAUUGCAUCUUGGAUGACCACUGCACCACCCCUCUCCCAGUCCCGGUUGAAGAAGGGCUGUUCGAAACCGAAGAAGCCUCCAAGCUGCUGAAUAAGGAACACCAGCAAGGUUUCCGUGCUCCAGGUCGUAAUUCCCCGAUGAACAGCGGUACCGGUAGCAACGCUUCAUCAACCUCACGUUCGCGCUCGCAAACUAAGGCUUCAGCAUCAGAGGCCCGUUCACCUUCAACGAUAACACGCGGCGGGGACCUGGUGUGGGCCAAAGACGUUGCACCAAACGCAUCUUUGUACUUCCUACAUAUGGUACAGUUGACACGUUUGACUCAAAAGGUCUUCCAACAGCUUUACAACCCUACAGCAAUCCAGGGAACUUGGUCGGAUAUUCAGAUGCUAAUCCGGGAGCUGGACGAGCAAUGUGAGAACUGGUACCGCGCAGUGCCUGCAGUCCUUGAUUUCAAGCGCAAUCAGCGAGAUCGAGAAUUCUAUGAACAUCGACUCAGUCUUGGAUUCUUCUACUACAGCACCAAAAUGAUGGUGCACCGUCCUUGCCUCUGUCGCCUGGACCGCAAGAUUCCUCAUCAGUCGGACAAAUCCCUGAACUUCAACCGGAUGUCGGCGACAACAUGCGUGGAUGCAGCCAGAGACACUCUGCGCCUGAUUCCCGACGAGCCCAAUGCCGUUGGCCUAGUCAAAGUCGGUCCCUGGUGGAACAUUCUGCACUGGCUUGUCCAAGCCACCACAGUGCUGAUGCUGGAAAUUUCUUUCCGUGCUCACCACAUGCCUGAGGAUGCCGACGAUGUUUUGGAUGCAGCCAAGAAAGGUGUAAGAUGGCUUCACGCUCUGGGCCAUGAUAACGUUUCUGCUCAGCGCGCUUGGCGUCUUUGCGACAGUAUGCUGCGAGAAGCUUCUAUGAAGAUUGGCCGAGACGUCUCUGAUCUUCCAAACUAUCAGCCAGGCCAUAGUCCAAGUCAUCACGACACAGCCAUAACCGGUGUUACUCAACCCAAUUUCGCUGAUCUUGCGCAAUCGCAGGGCUUCCAGACGACCAACAUGUCUCAGUAUCCUAUCCCUGCCAGAGCAGGAUUUGGUGGCCUCGACCAACUGAUGCACUUUGAUCAGUACUCACCUUUCGGACCAAACAUGCAGUUUCCAAUGACCUUGCAGUCUGGAAACGAGGCCGAGUUAGAAUUCAUGACACCGGCCUUCCAUGAAGGUCAGGGUCAUCACGAGCAAGAGCGACAGAACCCCGGGUAG